AUGCGCCACGAGACCGAUUUCAUGUGUCUUCUUAAGAACAAGGGAGUGACGGUGGAAGACAUUACAAACCAGCUGUCUAAGGGAUGGGUGGAGACGCUACAGCAAGUCACCAACUCAAGGGACAAUCGGCCAAGGCCUACGGCGCUGAUUCUGGACCAUAUCGGCUCGUUAGAGUCUCUGCCGCAGGCACGAAAGAUCGUUGGUAAUGGAUGUAAGAUUCUGUUGUAUUGGGCAGGUAGUGCUGCGCGCCUUUACUCUUACCUUGCGCCCUCAUCGGAAGGGGGUUUCAGCGACUGGGAAUUGAUCGCCCACAAAUAUUUCUCCGAUGAGACCUUGCGUCAGGGAAGGAGCCUUGGUGAAAUAAUUGAGCAAGUCUCCAUUGCCAAAAACGGGGAGACAGUUACGCUUGUCCAAGCCACUGAUGGCAUCGUCUGUGCUUCAGCAAUGGCAUUGGAAGGUGAAACCCUUACUGCUUGCAACAAUUAUACUACCGUGUAUCCCGUUGGUGUUCAGAUCGGACCCAAGAAUUGGUCCCGAGACGCACUGAUCGAGGAUGAGAGAAUACGUGCUUAUCUUGACCGCCACGGCAAGGAAGAGGUCCUCGUCAUCUCGUUUGGGUCCAUGGUCUUCCCAACCAAUCAAGCUAAUUUUCAGGCUCUGAUAUCUACCUUGAACGAGAUGAAGCAUCCGUUUGUCUUGAUCAUUGGGGGAAUGCAUGCGAAGAAAUUCAUUAGUGAUGCCGACAUAGAAAAUAUUCAAAGCAGCGGGGUCGGUCUUGUGUGUAAUACGUGGGUCGAUCAACAGGCGGUCCUCCAGCAUCCGUCAGUAGGGUUUUUACUUGCUCACGGUGGAUGGAAUUCUAUGAUGGAAAGCUUUGUGCAGGGUAUUCCACUUGUGGGCUGGCCUCUGGCUCCGGGAGACAACGCUAUCAACGUGGCAUUGGCUUCAACAAGGGAUAGGCCUACUGCGUUUGAGCUCAUGCAGAUUAGGACAGGUAGUGCUAAAGCCAAAGCCAGACGAGGAGGUCCAGAUAUCCUUGGUAGCGAAGACGCUGUAAGACACGACUUUGAGGAAGUCUUCCGGAAGACGAAAGGAGCUGAAGGCAAGCAAAUUCGUUUGAAUACACAGCAACUUUCCACUGAACUUAAGAGGGAGAGAAGAGAAGCUGCUCGACAAGUUAUCACAACUUUGGCAUUACUUUGA